UGGGGGCAGAGCCCCAGCCGGUAACUCUCUUCCGAGAUGGCGGCGCAGUCAGUGUCUGGCGUUACCAGAAGAGGCCUCACGUGGAUAGUCUUAGGGGCACCACGCAGAGAAUUUUGGUCUCGAUUCAGAAAAGAGAAAAAGCUAGUGGUGGCUGAGACACUAGAAGAAGUGAAGAAAGAGCCUAUUUUGGUGUGUCCACCCUUACGAAGCCGAACAUACAUACCACCUGAAGAUCUCCAGAGUCGUUUGGAAUCUUGUGUCAAAGAAAUUUUUGGUUCCUUUGUCGGUAACAGUUGGCAGGAUGUGUCCCUGGAAGAUGGCCUUCUGAAGUUCAGUUUCUUGGCACGUUUAGCUGAUGACUUGGGCCAUGCAGUGCCCAACUCCAGGCUUCACCAGAUGUGCAGGGUCAGAGAUGUUCUUGAUUUCUAUAAUGUGCCUAUUAGGGAUCAAUCUAAAUUUGAUGAGCUUACUGCUAGUAAUCUGCCUCCCAAUGUAAAAAUCACUUGGGGUUACUGAGCAGAAGAGGAGCUCGUUAAGAUCAUUUUGUCCUGAGCAAGGGGGCUGGUUAUUAAUUAGACUUUUGAUACGUUACCAUGUGAAAUGCUAUCAGAACUGUUCUCUAAACCCACUUUUUCUGUGGAAGGAUGAAUUAUCUCUUUUUCUCAUCAUGAAUUAACAAGUAACAAGAUUUUCUUUUUUCAUGUUUGCUGGAACUUUGUUUUUUUAAUGGAAUCAAGUCUUUAAUCAUGUAUGAAAAUUUCCUUCUUUGGAGGACACUGUAAUUAAACUUGGGUUUAAGAUACAAGGCUAUUAUAUGUUCACACAUGGUCUUUAUUUUUUACGCAUAAAUUAGUAGAUGCAAAAACAGGUUUUAAUCCUGUUAGGACUCUUAAACCUAAGGUGGUAUUAAUUAUGUAUAGUACAUAUACAAAUAAGGAAACAUAGAUAUGUAUAAAAGAAAUGUAAAAAUCUAUGUACAGCAAGUUGUUUCUUUCAUUGCUUUACUACAAGAGUAAAAAUAGUAGAAAAUGAUACUGUUCAUUCUAGAUUAAUCUCUUUUGGAAUUAAAGUAAAUUUCUUGAA